AUGCUCCACUUGUUGUUGAUUCUAGCUGUUGUUUAAGCAAGAAACAAAUCUCAGAAUGAUACGAUCAGAAUUCAAACUCCAGAAUAUGAAAAAAAUGUGAACCAUACAAAAAAUAUUUUUUAUUCUUGUGUUAUCACCUCAUCAUCCUAUUUGACAUAUAAUGAUGAAGUUGUUAUGAACCAAUUAAAUUCAAUCAUUGAGGCAUAUUAAACAAUUGAAUCCCCAGAAGUUAGAUAUGAAACAUAAAGAAAAGCUAGUAAGAGAAUCUAAAUCGAUGCCACUUAAUAUUGCAUCCUUCGACAAACAGGUGUGACAGCUUAAUAAAUGUAUGAUGAAAUCUAAGUAGGACAAUUCAAUGUUACUUAGUAUUAUUAUUUGAUGAAUGACUUCGAUUUGUCAAAAUAUUAAAAUCAAUCUGCUAAAAUUACCUUUGAUUAGGAUGAGGAAUCAGUUUGGAGGAUCAUGGAAGACUUUUAAGCAAAAUCAAGGGAAAUGAUGGGAGAUGAUGAAUUUGAUGGAUUAAACUAUUCUGAAUUCCCUGAGUAUAUGGAGAAUCCAUACGAACCUAAACUAUUUGGUUAAUCUAUUGACAAACAAUCAAAUACUUCUAUUUUGAUUUUCGCAUCAGUGUUUAUAGCAUUUUUUGUUGUCAUGAUUUUAGCUUACAAAGCUUUGAAGGAUAGCCAUAAGAAAGUUGAAUAAAAGAAGGUAAAGAAAUCUAAAAAGUAGAAAUGA